AGAAGCCAAGGCAGAGACCGUGACAGAGACCAUGAAGGAACUCUGUUUGCUGGCUUGCUCACUUUACUUUCUUGUAUAGCCCAGAACCACCUGUCCAGGGGUUACACCACUUAUGUGGUGGCCUUCCCACAGGAACUUGUAAUCGGGAAAAUGAAUCCACAGACCCACAGGCUGGUCUAAUGGAGGCCAUUCCUCACUUGCAGUUCCAUCUUCCCAGAUGACUCUAGUUUAUGUCAAGUUGAUAUAAAACUAACUGGUAUGAUGAUUUUAAAAGGAUUUUGGACUCAAGGUGUGCUUGUGAGGAGAGGCUGGGAGUGGUGAUGGUAAUGUGUAGUUGGGUGGUAGUUUGUCUCAGGUAGCCCAGGCCUUGGAUUCCUGUCCUUAGCACUACACAGUAAUGAAAUACAUAAAUAAAUGAAACAUUAAAAAUUGUUAACUUGUAUCCAUGGGACCAAAUUGGGACCAGUCCUCUACAGGGAGUUUCCAUUGCUUCUGCCCAGAUCACAGCAGUCCCGGGACCUCUCUAGUAAGGCAGGAGGCUCAGGCUCCAGGAUGUGUGUGUCACUCCCAUGUCACAGUGAUGACUAGGACACGUGAUCAGAAUGGCCUUAGAUCUGUUUAAAGCUCAGUGCCUCAGGGCUGCUUCACAGUUUGCUCCUUGAGGGCAGUGGUUCUCAGCCUUCCUAACGCUGUGACCCUUUAACGCGGUCCCUCAUGUGGCGGUGACCCCCAGCCAUAGAAUUAUUUCAUUGCUACUUCAUAACUGUAAUUUUUGCUACUGUUAUGGAUUGUAAUGUAAAUAGCUAAUAUGCAGGAUAUUUGAUACGCGACCCCUGUGAAAGGGUCGCGACCCGCAAGGUUGAGACGAGAAUCGCUGCUUUAGAGGGAAAUGGAUGGGGGUGGUUUUCAUAUAAUUUUUCUGAGAGAGCUGGUAGCAUGUGGUCUGCUGUCCUGUGUGCCUAAGCAGAGCCCACCAUUAUUUUUCCAAUCAAAUUUUUAGUGUAAACAUCUUUCUGUCUUCAAUUUGGUACAAUGCAUGGCUGAGAAGGCUGCAACCUGUCGGGACUUUAGAGUUGCUAAAUGUAGGUCCAACCCUUGGCCCAGAUCAGUUAUGAAUUCAGCCCAACAUAAAAUUGUAAACUUACUUAAAACGUUCUGAAGGGUGAAGAGCUUCCCCCCCCCCCUCCAUUUCAGGGUUCUCGAGCGUGAACUUUGUAGACGACGAUGUCGCCUGGUAAAGUCACGCAAAGUAAACACGGAACUGCAGACCUCUGGAUUCUAGGAUGUGGCCUUCGGCCACUCUUCACUCCGCGUUGCCCAGAGAAGCGAAAGGCUUGCACAUUCCUGCGAGUCCAAAGCGUCAUUUUCCUGCUGUGUAAAGCAGGGGGUUUCAAUCUCUUUUCCAGGUUCCGGUGACGGCCCCGGGGGAUGUCGCUAAUGGCAAUAAGAAACAAGUUUUAACCUUGAACUUUCUUCUGUAUCAUCAGUUUUAUGGAAGACACUUAAGCUUAUAAGGGGACAGGAUUUCCAUCUAAAACAACACAUCCUUUGUGACUGCCUUUCGGUGGUUUCUGGACCAGAACUGCUGGGCAAUGGCAAUCAUCGCUCCUAAGUUGUCGUCGUCGUUACCUUCUUAGUCAGAUUGGAAAAGUCUGAUUGGAAACGUCUCCACUCCAGCUGAAGCGGAGAUACGCACUGCUCACAAAAUAAGAGACAUGGGCUGUAAGCCACCGUACCACCUCUCCCAUAGGUUACGAUUAUUGUUGCUCUUUACCCUGUGCCUGACUGUGGUUGGAUGGGCCACCAGCAACUACUUUGUGGGUCCUAUUCAAGUGAUCCCCAAGGCAAAGAUCUUCAUGGCUAAUUUCCACAAGAUGCUACCUCUGGGGAAGGCAGAAACUCUGGCCCACGAUGUAACCAUGAAAAAAGCAGAGCUUGGUGACUGCCCUUCUGUGUCUCCAAACCUCAGAGGCCAGAGCAAGCUCAUUUUUAAGCCAGACCUCACUUUGGAGGAAGUACAGGCAAAAAACCCUGAAGUGUCUGGAGGCCGGUAUCGCCCUGAGGAAUGCAAGGCUCUGCAGCGGGUUGCCAUCCUCAUCCCCCACCGGAACAGAGAGAAGCACCUGAUAUACCUGCUGGAACACCUGCACCCCUUCCUGCAGAGGCAGCAGCUGGACUAUGGCAUCUAUAUCAUCCACCAGACUGGAAGUAAAAAGUUUAAUCGAGCCAAGCUCCUGAAUGUGGGCUAUCUGGAAGCCCUCAAAGAGGAAAAAUGGGACUGCUUUAUAUUCCACGAUGUGGACCUGGUGCCUGAGAACGACUUCAACCUUUACACGUGCGGUGAUCAGCCCAAGCACCUGGUGGUCGGCAGGAACAGUACUGGCUACAGGUUACGCUACAAUAAAUAUUUUGGGGGUGUUACUGCCCUCAGCAGAGAACAGUUUUUCAAGGUGAAUGGAUUCUCUAACAACUACUGGGGAUGGGGAGGCGAAGACGAUGACCUCAGACUCAGGGUUGAGCUCCAUAAAAUGAAAAUCUCCCGGCCCAGCCCUGACGUGGGUAAAUACACUAUGAUCUUCCACACCAGAGACAAAGGGAACGAGGUGAACGUGGACCGGAUGAAGCUGUUACACCAGAUGUCACGAGUCUGGAAAACAGAUGGUUUAUCGAGUUGUUCUUACAGAUUACUCUCUCUGGAGCACAAUCCUUUAUAUAUCAACAUCACAGUGGAUUUCUGGACUGGGGCAUGACCUGGAUCUUUGGAUGGUGUUCAGGAGAACUGAUGAUUUGAUUGCAAUCAUUUUGGCCUAGAGACUUCCACAGUAGUACACUUUGAGAACUCGUUCCAGCUGAUUAUUGGGCCAAAUUUUUCCGUUUUGUGUUUUCUCAGCAAGAGCUCUUGGUUAUGUGGAAUGUAGAACCAUCAUAACAGGACAGCUUUCUUAGCUGUUUUGAUCAUGGUAGUGAAAUGUCGUAACGAACAUACUUGAAGGACUAAAGAUAAAAGGUUGCAGUGAAGGCAACUUAAGAGCUGUGUCUUCAAAAGAUUGACUUCCGCAAUGCAUUAUGAGAUUAAGGAGUGGGAGAAUCAAAUUCCCACGUGUCUUAGAGAACCAGCAUUGCUCGGUCUAAGAUAGGAAGGUACUAAGAUGUGUCUCUGUUACUCAUCUCUCCUGCAUGGCCCCCUGUGAGGUGAUGGAUUCUGGAUGAGAAGAAAGCCACGGAAGACAGGAGCAAAGUCAAGAAUCAGAUGUCACGAACUUGACCAUGAAGAGGUGGCGGAGGGCAGAGGGUGGGGUGAACUGGCAGCAGUGGCUGUGCUGGCUGCUACCCCCAAUUCUCCGUGGCGGAUGCUUCCUCACCAGACACACCUUCCAGUCUGCGGCCACCCGACCUUGAAUGUACCCAGUCUCUUCAGAGGCAGUCACUAGUAAUAACCUAUCAGAGAACACACACUCUCCUAGUUUUUAAAGCAUUUUUAUAAAAUGAUUUUGUACGUGUAGGAUAUGAAUGAGCAGAUUAUAAGCUACAUAGUGACCGAUAAUACAUCUAUAGAGUACCUCUGUAGUAAAAUAUGAAAAAGC